AAGUUGUUUCUUGUCCAAGUCUUUAUGUUCAGACUACAGCUGCUUCCCCCCUUAUCUCUGCUCACAUUUUCCCAUAUGGUAACUUUGGAAAAUUCCUCUCCAAUUUCACUGGAAAGGACAGGAAAUUCUCUUUGGGAGACGGUUGCCUAUUUCUCUCUCUAGUUUUGUUGCUCACAUCUGGAAAGGAUCUGAUUUGGGAAAGGGAAAAUAUCUUUCUGAGCUCAGUGUGUGUAACUGACAUGGCAUGAACUAAGGGGAGCCUAUGGGGGCAAGAGAAACGCUUUUCUCCAUUCAUUUGAUCUCUGUCAACAACGUGGACAUGCUUCCAAGCAGCAGAUCCCUGCUGGUGCUGUGGCUUUUAGUAUUUAGCUACAACAUGAUCCAUGGUCACGAUGAUGAAGACAAUGACUUUCUGGAAAAUUCAUCCAAGUUACAGACUCCAGACCCUGAUUUCCUGGCUCCAGACUGCCCUAGAGACUGCACCUGCACCCAGGAAGGAGUUGUGGAUUGUGGAGGGAUUGAUCUGAAAGAAUUUCCCAUAGAUUUACCGGAGUCAACAAACCACCUUUCCUUGCAGAAUAACCAGAUAGAAGAAAUCUUUCCAGAAGAGCUUGCUCGUCUCUACAGACUAGAAACACUCAAUUUACAGAACAACAGGCUUACUUCGAAAGGGCUUCCAGAGGAGGCAUUUGAACAGCUGGAGAAUCUGAAUUACCUGUAUCUUGCAAACAAUAAGUUAACUCUGGCUCCGAAAUUUCUACCAAAUACCUUGAUCAGUGCAGAUUUUGCAGCCAAUUAUCUCACAAAGAUUUAUGGGCUCACGUUUGGACAGAAGCCAAAUCUGAGAUCCGUGUAUCUCCAUAACAAUAAACUCUCAGAUGCUGGAUUACCUGAUAAUAUGUUCAAUGGCUCUGAUAACGUGGAGAUAUUAAUCAUGUCCAGCAAUUUCCUGAAAUAUGUUCCAAAGAAUCUGCCUCCAGCACUAUAUAAACUACACUUAAAGAACAAUAAGCUGGAGAAGAUUCCCAAAGGAGCCUUCAACGAACUCACAGGCCUUCGAGAGCUGUAUUUGCAGAACAACUACUUGACUAAUGAAGGGAUGGACAAUGAAACUUUCUGGAAACUAUCCAGCCUUGAAUAUCUGGAUUUGUCCAGCAAUAACCUUUCACAAAUCCCAAGUGGCUUACCUAGAAACAUUGUUCUUCUUCACCUGGAGAAGAAUGCAAUUAAGAUGAUUGGCAGGGAUGUUUUGAUCCAAAUUAGGAACCUUGAGUAUCUUCUACUUCAUAAUAACAAGUUAAAAGCCCGAGGAAUCCACCCGCUAGCCUUCCAGGGCCUCAAGAAGCUACACACUGUCCAUUUGUACAACAAUAUGCUGGAAAGGAUUCCCAGUGGGCUGCCUCGGCGAGUGAAGACACUUAUGAUUCUUCACAACCAGAUCUCUGAGAUUAACAGGAAUGACUUUGCUACCACUUACUUACUGGAGGAGCUCAACCUGAGCUACAAUAAGAUCACAAGUUCUCGUAUUCAUCGGGAAGCCUUCCGCAAGCUGCGACUGCUAAAGGCCUUGGAUCUUUCAGGGAACAACCUCCAUACGAUGCCUUUCGGCUUUCCAAAGAAUCUGCAGAUCCUGAAACUGAAAGAGAAUGACAUAAGCACCAUUCCAAGAAGAGCCCUGGCAGGGAUGACAAAGCUUCAGGAGCUAUACCUAAGCAAUAAUAAAUUGAAAGUCAAUUCCAUUUACAGAGGAGCAUGGAAGGAACUCAGCAGUCUCCAGGUAGAAACAUCAUCUUACUUUAUUUGUGCUGGGAACAUGGAUGUCCCUUCCCUAGUUUGUGUCCCAAUUCAGGGAGCACUAAUGGUAGAUUCAGAUAGGUCCUUUUUUUCCAAGCCUGCGUAUACAGUGCAGGAGAGUGUAAAAAGCGGCCAUUCUCUGAGACUUCUGGCAGAGUUGUCUUCCUAAAACAGCUCCCAUUGUACUGUUACCCGAGGAAACAUAAGUAUUUCUUUCGUCCUGGACCUUGAAGCUGUGUUCUGUUUUCAGCUGGAUAUUAAUGAGUCAUGCAGCUAAAAUUCUAGAUGCUGCCAUACAAAUACUCCCCUCCCCCCGCCAGGGGUUUAAAUUAGCUUUAUUGAAUAGGGCUCCGAAGGGAGGGAUACUAGGAGGCAGGAAAUGCAAAAACAAAACAAAUUGUUAAUGCACAAAACAUCCAUAGCUGCUUUCAGUCAGCCAAGCCAAGCUGUAGGAUUUAGCAGCUCAGCUGGGUAAGACACCUGGAUAAUGAUUAGGAGGUUUGGAGUCAAUCAAGUGCCUGUUGUUUGGUUAAUUGUCAGGGAAAGUUGAGUAGAAACGUAAGGCAGGCAGGAACAAAUCACGUUUGUGCUGUGCAAAAUUAUUUUGCAGUUUUGCCAGUAGCAGAAGGCUUAUUUGCCUGCAUUUCCUUUUAGGCAAUAGCCCAUUCCCUGCAUUAAAAGGGAAUGUCCUUGUCAUAUGGCAACCAUCUACUACAUUAGUGCACCACAAGGAUGGAUCUGUAUCUGAAAGCACCUCUGGGUUAAGAGAUGCAGAGCAUAUGUGAUGCUGGUUACCAGCAUAAGUGCUUCAAACAUGCCAAGAAUUUUGAUUGUGCAGAAGUUUAUCUCGUGUUACUUCUGUUUUUGAAGUCUCUGGAGAAUAUGGUGCACCAGACCUAAGGUAGUUAAGCUCCAUAGGUCCCAGGUUUGACUCCACCCCCAGAUGGUGGGGAGGGUGUCUGUCAGUACUACACUGUGGUGUGCAGGGUACUAAAGGUGCUCAUUACAGAAGUCAAAGUUUAUAUUAGGUGAGGUGCUGGCCCAUGGUUUUACCAUGCCUUUUUUAUUUGCUUGUCAACCUGGUGCUUUUAAUGAAGGGAGGUAAACUGAAGUCUGUCUCGCUGUGUUUUUAUUCAAAGCCAGUUAGUUCAAAGAUGAAACUUAGUUUAAA